AUGAGUCUGAAUGGGUGGAGCCGCGCGCGGCAAGUCGGCGAGCAGGAACGCGCGCGGGAUGGUACGGAGGCUGGUACGGCAGUGGCGGCGCCGGCGGUGGCGGCGAAGGGGCUGUCGGGGGCGCCAAUACUGCUUGUGGCGACCGCGUCCUGCCAGGUGCAACGCGGCGGCGGCGGCAGCGGUGCCGUCGGCGGCAGGCCUGCCGUUGCAGCUCUAAGGCUAAGGAAGUCGGUCGCGGCAGCAACAGCUGAGGACGAUGACGAAUCUUCGAGAAUGGCGGGAAGCUGGCAAAGGUGCUGCGCGUUGGUGGCCGAAAGGUCCGAAGUGACGUUGAGGCCCCAGUGGUGGCAGUUCUUGACGCACAUGUUCUGUCACGGCAACUGGGCCCACCUCAGCGGCAACCUCUUCAACCUGUGUGUGUUUGGCAAGAUGGUGGAGGAGACGGAGGGAGCACUGGGGGUGGUGCUCACAUUCCUGCUGUGCGGAGUGGGAGCUGCCCUGGCCACCUUUCUGGCGACCCCCGCCAGUAACGGCCACGUGACGGUGUCAGUGGGGGCGUCGGGCGCCAUCUUCGGACUGUUUGCGGUGAGUGUGGCCACCCGGCUGAGGUGGAAUCUGAAGCAGCUGCUGGAGGCGGCAGUGCUGGGACAGUUUGUGGUACGACAGGUGCUUGAUGAGGCGCGGCACCAGGUGGCGGGGGGGCUCAUGAUGGGCGGUAUGGCGGUGUCCCAUGCGGCCCACCUGGCGGGGGCGGCGGUGGGGGUGCUGCUGGUGCUGGUGCUGCAGCGGCUACCAGAACCGGGGAGCAGCAGUAGCAGUGGCAAGUAGCAGUAGCAGUAGCAGUAUUGGGGUUAGGGGGAGGGCUUCAGGGACUUAGGGUGGGCUGUCCUACCCGGGUCGCCCGGGUGGCUGCGCGGGGGGGUUCGUGUGUGUGUGUGUGUGUGUGUGUGUGUGUGUGUGUGUGUAAGAGUAUGUGUGUGUGUGUGAAUGAGCGAGGGCGGGGUCUUGGCGAGCGAGGUGUGGUUUGUGUCUGUCUGCCACCGGACGGAUGAUGUGUGGCGGGAGGCCGAUGAUGGCGGGGGGUAACGAGAGGGAGGAGAGGAGUUUGCCACCCCUGAUGAGGAAAAGGGGGCCCAGUACGGGUGGUCGGGUACGGAUAGGUGCCUGAGUGCGGCUCCCCGCCCUCCCCUCAUCCCCUCAUUAGGGACCCCCUCGUCCUUCUCAUCAUCGCCCAUGUGUAUAUGUGCAUAUCGGUGUAUGGAGUCAAUGCCUUUCCUGGGUCUUAGCUUACCUGCUGAGUCUGGAGCCAUGUAUAUUUAGCUGUGUUUAUAUGCAUGUAUGCAUCUAUGUGUGCAUGAAUGUAUGUAUGUAUGUUGUUACAGGGUGGUUAAGCUUCACCAGCGGCCGCCUUUCCCGAGGCAGUUCCCUGCUCUCCCCUGCUAGAGGGGCACCCUAAUCCGUUCACCCCAUCCGACUUCAGAAUGUACUCGUUGGGUUCAGCAACUCACCAUCAGCAUCCAACCAAAUCUAGCGGAUCAACGGCGCCUCAACUUAGUUCCUGGUCAGCUCGCAAGUUGAUAUUAUCACGUCCUACACCGUCCAUAAGAUGGGGGGCCACCUUCCAUUUCAACAC